AUGGCCCUGAGUUCCCGGUUCACAGUAUCUUUUCGGAAGGUACCCUUCCAAACCCGCCGCCACUUCUUCCAGAUCCCACGUCGGAAAGCGGCGGGUUCUAAUAUCUACCAUACCUCCAUACUGCACAAACUGGACUGGGCUCCCACUUCACUAAACAAGACCUUUGGCGGACUGCCUAGUUCCCGAGGGUUUAACACCCAGACGUCAAGUAUGAUCCCCGAAGCAGCAUCUAAGCCUCAGGAUCACUACGAUCUUCGAGAAUUCGAAGACUACCCACCAUCUUCAAUUCAGGAAGCCUAA